ACUAUGAUCUGUUCCUCAGGUUACGUCUCCUGUCCCUAUGGACGUAUCUAUGCAAGAGGAGGAUUUGUGCCAGGCCUUCUCUGAUGUGUUGCUCAACAACAUCGAAGACAUCGAUGUCGAGGACUGGGAGAAUCCCCAGCUGUGUAGUGACUACGUGAAAGAUAUCUACCUGUAUCUGAGAGAGCUCGAGCUGCAGCAGUCUGUGCGCCCACACUACCUCGACGGGAAGACAAUCAACGGGCGCAUGCGCGCGAUUCUGGUCGAUUGGCUUGUCCAGGUCCACUCGAGGUUCCAUCUCCUGCAGGAGACACUGUACAUGUGUAUUGCGGUUAUGGAUCGCUUCUUGCAGAGUCAUCCAGUACCUCGCAAGAGGCUUCAGCUGGUGGGUGUAACAGCACUGCUUAUAGCUUCAAAGUAUGAAGAGAUACUGUGUCCUGACGUAGCAGACUUCGUUUACAUCACUGACAAUGCCUACACCAGUAGUGAAAUCAGAGAAAUGGAGAUGACGAUUCUCAGAGAACUAAACUUCAAUUUGGGGCGUCCUCUUCCAAUUCACUUCUUAAGAAGAGCAUCAAAAGCUGGGGAGGCCGAUGCUAAACAACAUACUCUUGCAAAAUACCUGAUGGAGCUGACACUGGUAGACUAUGACAUGGUUCACCAUUGUCCCUCAGAGAUUGCAGCUGCUGCAUUGUGUUUGGCCCAAAAGAUUCUGGGACAUAGCCAAUGGGGUUUAAAACAGCAGUACUACACUGGCUAUGCAGAAGACAAUCUUGUGAUGGUUAUGAAACACAUGGCCAAGAAUGUGGUUAAAGUAAAUGAGAAGUUAAUAAAAUACACUGCUAUAAAGAACAAGUAUGCAAGCAGCAAACUCCUGUCGAUCAGCGCAAUCCCUCAGCUGAGCAGUGAGCUGGUCAAGGACCUGGCUGCCUCUCUCCUGUGA